AUUUAAUAUAAUUCUAAUUACAUUUUUAUUUUUCGGAAUGUUAAUUCAAAAACUUUCGAUUCAGAUUGUAUGAUUUAAAUUAUAAAUUGCGUGUAAACAUGGCAGUGCACGUGUUUAACAACAAUGUGAAGGUUUUUAGAAACCGAACUUUGUCAUUGGUUGUAUCUUCAAACUACAGCACCGAAUCAUCAGAACCCCAUGUUAUUAAGAACCCAGCGUUGUCACAAUUGAAAAGAGGUACCGGUGGUCGUUCUAGUUUCAAUGGUGUGGUUGCUACUGUUUUUGGAGCCACCGGUUUCUUAGGUGGCUAUCUUAUUAAUAAAAUGGGAAAAAUUGGAACCCAGAUGAUUAUUCCAUAUCGAGGAGAUGCUUAUUUUACUAGAGAAUUGAAACUUACUGGUGACUUGGGCCAAGUGCUUUUCCAACCAUAUCACUUGCAGGAUGAAGAAUCUAUCAGGAAAGCAGUUAAAUAUUCGAAUGUGGUCAUUAAUUUAGUAGGACGGGAUUGGGAGACAAAAAAUUUUAAAUUUAAUGAUGUCCAUGUUGAAGGAGCUAGACGUAUAGCAAGGAUUAGUCGUGAGAUGGGCGUUGAACGGUUUAUUCAUCUGUCUGCUCUUAAUAUUGAUCCUCUACCUGCUCCUAUUUAUCUAUCUAAAGGAUCAGGAUUUUUGACAUCCAAAAAAGCUGGUGAACAAGCAGUUCGUGAAGAGUUUCCCAAUGCUACUAUUUUCCGUCCAUCAGACAUAUAUGGCCAAGGAGAUAGAUUUUUAUUAAUGUACAGUCAUGCAUGGCGUCGUAGUCGUCAACAAAUUGUAUUGUGGAAGAAAGGAGAACAAACAAUUAAGCAACCUGUUGCUGUAGCUGAUGUAGUGAAUGGAAUUGUUAAUGCAAUGCUUGAUCGUUCAACAUCAGGGCAAAUUUAUCAAGCUGUGGGGCCAACCCCUUAUUUGUUAUCUGAUUUGAUUGAUUGGAUUUUUGCAAUUUUACGUCGCAACAGAGAAUUCAACUUUGAUUUUAAACGUACUGGAUUCCUAGAAAAUCCUCAACAUCUAGUUAAAAUGUGGUUAACAGACAAAUUGUGUCCUAGCUGGCCUCCUGGUUAUGUUAAUUCUGAACGUUUUGAAAGAGAAUUCGUAAAUGAUAGAGUUAGCGAGAGGCUACCAACAUUAGAAGAUUUGGGUGUAAAGUUAACCAGGACUGAAGUUCAUAUACCUCACGAGCUUAGGUUCUUGAAAGCUUUCCAAUAUUACAUGGAUACAAUUGGCGAGUUUGAAAACCCACCUCCACCUCCACCAUACAUAGCAUCAUUAAUUCGCAAUUAUGCCUAAUUUUCUAAAUUAGGUAACAAUUAUAUAAUAUCAAACAUAGAAACCAUCUGAAGAACGUGUCUGUCGCAGUGAACCUAGUCGGCUGUGCCACCAAUCAGCGUCUAAAAACAAGCAAACAAUACUCAAUAAAUAUAAUUUGUGUUAGAGUAAAACAACAUUUUGUUAAAUAAAAAAAAAAAACAAAAAAAAAAAAUUAUUGAUCAAUGUAAAUGCGUUUCAAAUAAAAUUUCGUUCUAGAUGUAUUGAACCGUGA